AUGCCGGUUAAUUGUGGGUUUAAGGUGUUGAGGGAGAUUGUGAGGAGUCGUUUUCCGUCUUCUAAGUCGGUGUUGAUUAAGUAUAGAGAUAGUGAUGGUGAUUUGGUUACUGUUACUUCCACUGCUGAGCUUAGGUUGGCUGAGAGUGUUGCUGAUGGUGUUUUGACUAAAGAGCAUGAGUCUGAUAAGUGUGAGUCCGUUGGGAUGUUGAGAUUGCAUGUUGUUGAUGUGAGGCCUGAGCAGGAGCCACCUUUGUCUGAGGAAGAGGAGGAGGAGGAGGAGGAAGUGGAAGUGGUUGAGGAAGAGAAGCCUGUUGAAGAAGAUGUUAGAGUGUCAUCUCUGAGUGAAACGGUAUCUGAAACAGAGGUUAGUAAUGAGAAAUCUGAUAAGGAGAAGGCUUCUUCUUCUGAAGAUCCUAAGAUGAAGGAGCUGGAGAUGGAUGAUUGGUUGUUUGAUUUUGCUCAGCUUUUCCGGUCUCAUGUGGGUAUUGACCCUGAUGCUCAUGUUGACUUGCAUGAGCUGGGGAUGGAGCUUUGCUCUGAGGCGUUGGAGGAAACAGUCACUAGUGAAGAAGCUCAGCCACUUUUCGAGAAAGCUGCUGCCAAGUUCCAAGAAGUUGCUGCGUUAGCUUUCUUCAACUGGGGUAAUGUUCAUAUGUGCGCUGCGAGGAAUCGGAUUCCGUUGGAAGAAUCUGCUGGAAAGGAAAAGGUGGCGGAGCAGCUGCAGACUGCUUACGACUGGGUGAAAGAGAGAUACACUCUUGCUAAGGAAAAGUAUGAGCACGCCUUGUCAAUCAAACCUGACUUUUAUGAGGGUUUGCUCGCGUUAGGACAACAACAGUUAGAGAUGGCAAAACUUCAUUGUCUUAUUUAA